AAAACAUUCCUUUUUUUCUGCAGUCGUCAUUGUUCGUGCCAAGUUCGUGCUCGCCAAAAUCGAGCUAAUCGCGAACGAAUGUAGAUUGUAGACCUAGAAUUUUUUUUACAAGUGCUCUCGUUCCACUUUUCAGUUUUCUUUAAUUCUAUACAAUUAAUUUCUUAGUUCUGUGCUUUCGUCGUGCUGUGCGUUCAAAAAAAAAGUGAAACAAAGGCUGUGGCUCAGGCUGUGCGUGCAAAGUGGUUGUUUAGUGAAUAUGAUGUCACAGUUAAUAAAUCCUUGAAAAAUAUGAGUGUUAGUGUCGAAGACGUGUCUAGUCCUUUAUCGGAGGAACAGCGCAGUAUUUUCGAGGUAAAUAAUGACUGUGCGGAGGAAAAAAAUGAGUCCGUCAAUGCAGUUGAGGAAGGUCAGGAAAAGUCCGAGAAAUCGGAAAAUUCGGAGCCUUCGACACCAAAACCACAUCCCAUGGCUUUCACGAUCGACUUUGGGGAGUCUAAGCAAGUCGAUAAUCGUAGACUCGAAGAGCUAGCGAAGAAAUCCCAGGCAAGACAUCAAAGAGUAUCCUCGAUGUCUGUUGGUCAGUCGAAACCUAGUCCAAUACAGUCCCAGCGGCCUCCAUUAAGCGCUAAACUGCCUCGUAAAGCUCAAGGAUACAACUCCGAAGGUUACUUUUCCUCUGACCAAGAAGAUAGUGGUGUAUCUGGGUCUGUUAAACUUCGUAGCAGUCCACUAGCACAAAGCGUCGAUAGAUCCAAUUUCACCAGCCCCAUAGUAACUCAAAGACAGAUUAAAUCACCCGAUGUGUUAAUUAACCGUACGUCCAAAAGCCCCAUAGUCGAUAGCAUAAUGUCCAGAAGCGAUUACACUCCAAGACAAGCUCUCAAUCUGCCACUGAAAAGCUCCAGUUCCUAUAUCCAAAACGUCCAUAGAACACCAAGUUACGGUAACUUAAACUGCCACAAACAUGUCAUGGCUGACAUAAUAGACCAGAGUCCUGAAGGGAUCAUGUUAACGGAUAUUUCGAGUCCGGAAUUAGAUAUUCUCACCCCUGACAAUGGUCUCUCUACACCAGAACAUUCUAAAAGUCCGUUACGAAAAUCUAGAGCUUCAGAAACUCCAGAUUUAUUAUUCAAAAAGUGCCCACCCAAAUCAGAGCCGUUAUACAUUGAUGAUGAAGAUAACGAUUCCAAUCAUUCUUCAACUGGCACUUACACAAUUGAAGGUGACAAUUAUACAGAAGAACAGAAAGCUAGAAUGAGUAUAGAUAGAGCAUUGGGUGCAGAUUUGUAUAACGAAUCCAUAGAAGAUACGUUAAAGAAACGUUGCAGUAUAGAAAAGGAACCUGAUUUAAUAUUUGAGUAUCCAAACACUCAACAGGUUAUCACGAAAGAACCAAGAAGAGAUGUAUGCUUAAGAAAUCCAUUAAUGAUAAAUAAGACUGCAGAUUUACAGAAAGUAUCAAAAGAUAAGAAUGUAUUAGAAAUAUCGUGCUGUUACGAAUCACCGAAUGAAAAUGAUCUGGCUAUGCAAACAACGAAACAGAUUAAGUCAACGAGAAGUUAUUUAGAGAAAAUAAAGAAUAGAGUACGGACGAUAACGGAAAAGACCUUCUCUAAACCACACGAUGAAAACGUUGACCUGGGAACGUUUACUUCAGUAACAACAUCAGGUGUUCUAAGUUCAAAGUUUCCGUUUAAAAUUGAAAUGCCAAGUCGCAGGCGCUGUAGUUUAACAAAAUCAGAUAUUGACCAAACGGAUUACGUACAUAGGUUGUCACGAGAAUCAUCUGUUCCUGUUGCGUCAGACUAUGUACAUAGGUUAUCAAGGGAGUCUUCCGUACCCGUUUCGUUGCUUGGCAAAGGUGUUGAAGAUGUUAAAUUCGAGAGUACAGCGUUAAAAAAUGCACAGAAAGCUUUAAUAACGAACACAGAAGUAUCCCCAGAUCACGUAGUUGGUAAAUUGUCUUACUUGAGCUUAAAUAGGUGUAAGGGUGAUAAGACUUGGAUACAGGACUGGGCAGAUAGUGUUAAAAAGUACAAUAAUAACUCCUUAGUCAAGGAAACAGAUUUGAAUUCAACAUUUUCUGUUGAGGAUCGUCCACCCAUCAGUCCGAGAUUGAUACCUACUAAACCCCGCAGCCCGCACGGCACGCCCACAAAGAUACCCAGCCCAGUAGGCACGCUGUUGCACCGCAGGACACCAGAUCUAAUACCGCCACAAGACACGGAGUCCUAUCUACUAAAAACCCAAAAUGCAAUCACCAACCUGCAAGCCAAGCUGCACUCCUCAAGGACCACCAACAUCACCAAUAUGUCCAACAAUAUCACCAAUAAUAUGUCCAACAAUAUCACCAACAUUCCAAAUGCACUGACCACCAGUCUAUUAAGCGAGAAGACAUUAGUUUCACGACUGCCUUUAUCACAGCUUAGCCGAUCAAAUUCACUUAACUACCGGUUAAGAAGAAAAGACACGUCAAACGAUAACAGUCCGUUAAGAAGUCCAGGACAUUACGUUAUAACUGGUUCAACAAAACCACCCGAAACUAAGGUCCUUCUAAACACCGCGUCCAAAUCUUUGGACCAAGAGACAAGAUAUACAAACAUUCGACACGAUUCAAACAUGAACAGUCCAAAUUCUGAAAAAGGCUUACUCAGUAACAGUUCAGAUGAUAAAACACUAUCAAAUAGACCACAGUACGAUGUUGAAGCGAUUCUAUCACCCCACAGAAAAACACACGCAAGACACAAAUCGUUCGAUAGAAACGUCGAUUUGAGUGACAUGAACUUGAAUAAGACAAUUCAACCCGUGUGCCUUAAGACCGUGCUGAAGAAUAACGCUUUAGAAGCAAAAACGUACAGAAUCGACCCAACACGUUACCAAGGUGAUGCUAAGAAUUUUACAAAAGUUCACCAAAGGGUGUACAGUGAUAAAACCAAAUACAACACUCCUGCUUUUGGUAGUUCGAUAAAGCGUUCGAGUUCCUUCAAUACUGUUAACAGGAACAACAAUGUCGAACCCAGAUUUGUAUCAAGACGAUCGAGUGGUCAAUCCGAAGAAUAUAAAGACUCGGACGAGUCUGAUAACGGCUCGUUCGACAAAUCUCAGGAUAUAAGGUUCAAGAGGUUGAAUAGAGGAAGGAUAGAGUAUACGGAUAAGUCUGUGGUCCCGUCGAACUCCCCGAGAUGUCCCAAUACCCCGGAAAUGCAGAGGAAGUUCGGACCGGGGUUGGUUAGGAACUCUGUUCGUGUUACUAGCAAGGAGCGAGGUUCAAACACCAGGAUGUCAGAACCCCCCGUCGCGAAGGAGGAUAGGAGUAAGCCUGCCAGCCAUCAGAGUAGACGGAUAUCGGAGCCGACGCGGCAGGCCGUGCUGAACCGGCUGACUAAAUCCAGGUCUUCCACACGGGAGGUGCAUCCCAAGCAUCAGGAGAAAGGCCAAAAGAAACCAAGUCAACACCGCUCAUCUUCCGCCCUAGCCUCAAAGGAGUUAGAGUUCUCGAACUGGAAGAAAAGAUCUUCGUAUGACCCGAUGAAGGCGGCGCAAGAGGGCAGAAAGAGACAGCAAAUAGCCAGGAGGCAAGAGUGCAACAAGGACGACCUGAGUUCGCCAAGCCAUUCGUCCCCUGUCCACCGCUCUCAGUCAUUCCAUACAACGAACAUCGCAGACCUUACUCUGGACUACUCCUCUGAAGAGACUGAAGACGACCAGCUCACUUCCACCUUACCAGUGGACCCCAUGAUCACGUCCACCCACUCGGAUAUACUGGACCUACGCAGGGACAUGCGCAGACAGGGCCAAGACGUUGUAUUGGCGAGAGACUACGUCGCUAACUUCCAGGUCAACCAACCUCCAGACAAAAUAAAACGCAAAAACGUUACCAAUCGUAAACAAUAUGAGGAGCCCACACCAACCAAGGAAGACCAUGUCGACAAACGCAAGACCUUCAUCCUUGACAGCGAUACCAAUUCCACCACCAACGGCAGCAGUCCUCGGAACUCCUCCAUCUUCAGUCAUGAGAAGAACUCCCUCAACACUAGUGACACUGAGGACAGCGGGCCUGAGAGUGCCCCAGUGGUUAUGAGACAUGGGAAGAGAGCUCCCGUUCAGCCCAAACAGAGGUACAGUGGAGACUACUCCAUGUCCUCCUCAACGACAUCAAUAAGCAAAAAGCCCAAAGAGAUCCAGCCGCGAUACCUCGACAUAUCCAAGUACAAGUCGGAGAACUCCCCCAAGAACUUCCUGAGGAGGGACCCUAGUAAGACCUACGUCGGGGUUCUGGGCAGCUGUGACAAGAAGGAAGUUAGUAAAGGAAGCGCUCAGCAUUAUGAAAUGGAACAAAAGAAGCAGGAAUUAGAGAAGUGGAAAAGACGAGCAUCGUACGAUCCCCGCAAAGCGGCCGCGCAGGGCAAGGCCAAGCCCGCGCCCAAGACUGCCAGUAAUGUCCUUCGCUCACAGUCGUUUCACGGGCCGGUUCUAUCGCCGAACCAGCGCUACCAACCGCCGACCCUUAUAACGGAGACAUACGACGCGUCAAGCGAUAACGACUUUUAAUACAAAGCAAAUAGAGGCGGUUUUACGACGCCCGAUGUGAUAGUGUGUGUAUGUGUAAUGAAAAUGGAACCAAAUAUUUAUGUAGUGUAGACGCGGCUUUAAAAAAAAAAACGUCGCUUUGACAUUGACAUGUGUCAAAAUUCAAAGAUGGCGCCGCGCCAGUAUGUAUUGGAUUUUUUAAAUGUCGUUUUUCGAUUAUUUCCGUUUGCGACAGGCACGAUUUUUUUUUAAAAUCAAUUUCAGCUAGGCUCUGGGUUCGAACCCUGUGAUAAAAACAAUUUUAAACAGCUUCUGUUUAGAAACUUGCAAUACACUGAAUGAAUGUGAAAAAGAUUGGAAUGGAAGUACAUAAUUAUUGUUAUACAAUAGAGAUUAUAAACCAUUUAUUGAAAUUAUACAUAUUUUUUUCUCGUUUUAUAAUUAAUUUUACGUUUUAUGUAUGAUUUGAUGAGUAAUUGACUAUUUAGAAAUGUCACUUUGGCAUAUGUCAGUGUUUGCCGCCAAAUUUUAAUGGAUUUGAUUUUGUUGUUUAAGUUUUUUAUUUAGCUAAGGUACAUAGUAUUUUGGGAAGAUGCAAUUUUUUUUAUUCCCACACAUAAGUAAUUCGCACAAUGAAUUAUUUUUUGCAAUUUUUUGUAUUACUUCGAAAGUACACUUUCUUACAGUUUAGGAAUGUUUUAGUUUUCCAAAAUUAGACAUUUUCGUAUGUUUGAGUCUUUAUAUUGGACUGACAUUAAUUUUAAUAGUAGUAUUUUAGUACUAAGUAAAACCUUAGGAUUCUUUACACAUCCCGACAUGGUCGACCUGAUUAUUCACAUGCAAUAUUUUUAAAGUUUAUUCUUUGUUACUUGGAAAUCUUGUUAUUUGUCAAAUUUGACAGAAGAAUGUCUUAGGAUUUGAAUGUCAAAGUGUACUGAAGUCAUAAGUCAAGGAUGUGUUUAGAAUUUCUGAGUGGCUCAUAUCAUUCAUACAUCGAUUUAUUUAAAAAAAAUACUAGUAGUAUUUCUCUAUAAGCUUUAUUUAUACACAGUGCAAUGCGAAACAUCACAUGAAAUAUCUAGAGUACCUAUACCAGAUAACGAAGUAUUACUUUGUGAAAUUAUAUUGUUACACCUCUACGCUUUAUUAUUCUAAAAUAAAAGUUAUAUUAGGUUAUAUUUUGGCUACCAAAAUAUUUUGUUGCUAACGCGGAUGUCCACGAAACUAAAUGAACUAAAAAGCGCAAGUCUUGCGCAACAUGACUACCUAUCAAUUUUUUUUAUCUGUAUACAGUCGAAUUAACGUUUUGUGUAAAAAGCUGAUUUUUCAACCGCCAAAUAAUGUUUGAAGGUUCUUUGACUUUUUGUCAAUUUUUGAAUUGAAAAUCUGACAAAAUAUCUAAUCCUCUCGUCAAUGAUUAUUUGGCGAUUGAAAAAUCAACCCUCAAUAAUACAAUAUUGUGUUAUUCCAUUUAUAACUAUAGACUGGCAACCAUUCGUCCCGAAAAGCACAAAUUUUGUUUGAUAAAAUAACUAAAUUAUAGAAAAAUAUAUUAUUAAAACCAAUAGCUCUUGCAAAAAUCUAAAUGUCAUAUUGCGCUAAUUAGCAGGGAUUCUUUGUAGGACUAGUUGUAACUUUGAACUAGUAAAAUAUUUUUUAAUAACUGUAAAUAAUUGUAUGUACGCCUGAUUCUGCAAAAUCUGUCCACUAAAUAAUAGUUUUUUUUAAUUACUAUCAUCGGAUGUAAUAGACCGAGGUAUGCAAAUUAUUUUAUAUUAAUUUAAUUAUUCAAUACGAUCAUUAAUGGAAUUAAUUAUUUAUUAACAAUAUUUUGUACACUAUUAUCCUUAUUCAAUAUUUCCUCUAUUUACCUACUUUACUCCUAUCCUCCUGUGUACUGAAACACGUUUUGUUGAAUAGUUUAUGGCGAAUUUCUAUUUUUGUAUUUUGCGAAUAAAAAAAAAUUAUUAUUAAAACUAUUACUGUAAAAUACUCAUUUUCAUAAUCUAGUAACAAUUUAAUGAACACAUAAAAAAUAAUUGCUUUUUAUUAAUAUUAUACUUAGAUAUAUUUGAAAAAUAUUUCCUUGGCUGUACCUACCAUUCCGAUUUGUUGAAAACAAGAUAUAUUUCAUUCUUUCUCUUUAUUUCUAGAGUACCUAGUCUUGUUUUCACCAUAUUAAUAGUUCUUGAAUUUCAGGCACUAAGCCAUUUCCAAUGCACGGUCGGACCCGACAAAUCGGAACGUGUAUGACGCGCUUAAAUUAUUAUAUUAAUUGCGUAUUCCACAUAACGGUCCAGUAUUUUUUGUACAAAUUAUUUAAUCCCUAAGCAAUUUGUAUUUUUCCUCCCGCUUUGAGCUUGGUUCGAAUCUUUAUAGAGUAGUGUGAAGUGGUUCUAAUACAAUUUCAUAAAAAAUAAAAUCGCAAUAAAGUAUUUUCAUUGAUUUUUGAAUAAAUCAUUCAUUCGUUCAUUCAUUUCAAUUCGUCCCGAAAUAAUAUGAUCUCAGAUUUGAUUAUUGAAUAAUGCAAACUAUAAUUUGUGUAUGUUUUUAUACAUACUAAUAACUUGAAAUCAAAAUAUUAAUUUGGAAAUUGAAUUUAUUUUAAACGCUAAUUAACUAUUGGUCUCUUUGGUAGUCUUUUACUAAAAAAUAAGUAAAAUUACAUUUACAAAAAAAAUUGAGUUGGGACUCCAACCAUGGCUCAACCCAAUUUUUUAAAAUUAUUUUUUACAGUACGUCUGUAAAUUAAAACUCUUAACCACUUCACUCUUCUCUUAACUAAAAAAAAGUAAACACAUUUGAAUUUAGAACGUCUCCAUAUCCAUAAAGACUUGUAUUCCUAAAGUAUCUUAUAUUAUAGUAGUUAUUUUCUUGAAUAAAUGUAGUAAACAUCUGAUGAAAUAAUUGUUAAUCUUAGUUCGCAAAUUAUUCUAAACCUGAGUUAUUUACGAGGUCUAUAAAUUAUUGGUUCCUUGUAAAAGUGUAAAACGUGGGUUUAGAAAAAUUAACAAACUAUUUCGGAAAAGAUAUGCUAAGAUGAAAAAUUGUGGCUAAUUUCGUUGUACCAAAAUUACAGGUCUUAAAAUAGCCGUAUCCUUUUCACAAUAUUUAUAACAGAAAAGGAUAGCACGAUUUUUUGUGUACAAACGAAUUAGCAUCGAUGUUAGUAAGCCAGGCUUUUAAGUUCAAUAAUUGUAUAAUAAAUUGCUCCAAGCUAGUGUUUAUAUUAUACUAUAGUUGAUGUUAGCAUUUCAUAAAGCAAUUGUUUUAUCACGGAAAUAAAGCGAUUAUAAA